UGCGCGAUAACAACAACAGUAACCGCACUACAUCGACCUGACAGUUGAGUCGCGUGGCGCUACGCUACAGCACGGCGGUACUACACACACGUGAUUCCGCGUUAUUUCCAGUCUUCCUUUUUGAAAAUGUUUUCAGAAGAUAUAUUUGAUUUUAACUUACCUGGCAAUGUCGAUGUUGGUUGUAUUCAGGACCAGGAACUGCUGAACGCCCAGGAGCGGGCGUUGGCGAGUAACUCCAUCACACCCCUCCUGAAACAGGAACUCCGAUAUAAGAUACAGUCUCGCAGACUUACAGAGGGAAAAGACGAGCUGAAUGUAUCCUGCUCUAACACUUCUACUUCCCACUCGCACGAGCUGACGGCAGAGGAAAUAGAGAAGAGGGGGAAGAGAAAGGAACAGAACCGACAAGCAGCUAAACGGUUCCGACUGAAGAGGAAGGAUGAAACAGACGCGCACCUGCAGGAGAUGGAACUGCUUCAGCAAAAGAACACGGCCCUCCAUGCCAAGGUCAAGGAUCUUCUACAAGAACGUUCGCGCCUCUUUUCUCAACUCGCCGAGCAUCUUCUCACGUGCAGCAACCCGAUGAUUAUCCCUGCCCAUACCCCGUUGUGUUAACACCGUCAGAUGGAACCCAUGGGGUUACAGCUGAAAGUGUACAUCUCACGAACUUUUUUGUGGGCAUUCGUUGACGGUCCAAAAUAAGAGGUGCAAAUGAAAUGAUCAUUGUUAAUUUGUUCCCUUAAUCUGCUUUAAGCACUUGCAGUACGUGGGUUGGCUGCAUAACCCAAAUGUACACCUAUGCGGUGUGGGUGGUACUUUGGCUUGUGACUGUCUGUGUAGAGGACGGGCUGUGCCAUGACUGAUAUUGAUCGUGAUCUCAUAACUACGUUUGUUUUAUUCCCGUCAUAAAAUCAACAUACCGCGCUUACAUAUAUUUAUAUUGUCAUCUAGUUCAUAUAACCCUAUCUUCAUUUAGUUUCAUCGAGUCGACAAUCGUCUUUCCAAAGAUCUCUGAAACCUUGGAUACUAUUUCAUAAUCCAACAGUCGUACCAAGAACGAAAUGAGAUUAAUCUUGUCAGCCAAAAUAUGUUCACAUGAGUAACUAACGUAUAAUGAAAAUAAUGUAUAUUUUAUGAGUCUGAUCGAGAAGAUUGGAGUUGAUUGUCUGUGUUGUUGAUGUGGUAUUACGGAAGUGGAGAGGGAGUGUGUGACAGAUGCUGAUGUUGGUUUGUACUGAUAAAUAAAUAUAUAGAUUCA